CUCAUAUACUUUUCUCAUAAUUGCGAAUAUCUUGCAAGGAAAUGGAAAUUGGAUAAAUAGGACGUUUUUUUAUCGAACUAGGAUUUGGAUUACGCUCGCGUGUGAGCAACAAAAUGGAGAAAUACGAAAUGUUAGAAAUCGUAGGAGAAGGCAGCUACGGUGUAGUGAUGAAAUGCAGACAUCGUGAAAGUGGGCAGUUCGUCGCCAUUAAGAGAUUUUUGGAAACCGAGGAGGACCAUCAAGUGCGAGAAAUGGCAUUUCGUGAAAUCAGAAUGUUGAAACAAUUGUGUCACGAUAAUCUAGUAAAUAUGAUCGAAGUGUUCCGCCAAAGGAAACGAUUCUAUCUCGUCUUCGAGUAUUUGGAUCACACCUUGUUGGAUGAGCUGGAACGUAUUGGAAACGGUCUAGGCUGGGAAGUGUCCAGGCGAUAUGUUUAUCAAAUCCUUCGCGGUUUGAGCUUCUGUCAUAGCAGAAAUGUAAUGCAUCGUGAUAUCAAGCCUGAAAAUAUUCUCGUAUCUCCGAACGGAGUGAUCAAACUCUGUGAUUUCGGGUUUGCACGUUUCACAAAUGGUGUCAACGAGUCCUGCACAGAUUACGUAGCAACAAGGUGGUAUCGAGCACCGGAGCUUCUUGUUGGUGAUGCACGAUAUGGCAAAGCGGUCGAUGUUUGGGCGGUAGGUUGUGUUUACGCGGAGUUGGUUACGGGAGAUGCUCUCUUUCCUGGCGAAAGCGACGUAGAUCAGCUCUAUCGAAUAACCAAAGUCUUGGGAAGACUGUGUACGAAGCAUCAAACGAUAAUCAGUCCUGGCAGAUCUAGUCAAAUGUUGCGACACGCAAGUACGGACGAGCUGGUAGGACCAACUCAUUCGAGUGUCGUUUCGAUUCGUAAAUUAUUUCCCACUUGGAAUUCAAUGACGGUCGACUUCUUAUCUCAAUGUCUUCGCAUGGAUCCCGAAACAAGAGCCACGUCUGUAGCGCUCUUGCAACACCCGCUCUUCACGCAAAGUAACUUCGUCGACGAAUUCCUCGAACAACUGAGAAAUAUUAUCGCUGAUGAAGCUGCUAUGAAUCCUCUGACGACUAAGAAAUUAGAGAAAAGAAGGUCGACUAUGUUUAAUCUGACAUCGAGAAAUAUUUUGCAUAGAUGGCACAUGGAAGUCGUUUCGCAAGAUACAAAGUCGAACGAUAGAACUGCAACUGAAACGAUCGAAACGACACAAUUACACCAAACGCCAUUGCUAUUGCACGUAGAUCGCUUACAAAAAGUUCCUCACUUUGAUCCUAUUUCCGUCUUACCAAAUGCAACCUACGUUCGUAAGCUAAAUGGAUUCGUCUCUACAAACGAGUACACCCAUACUUUACCUUCUCCCGAUUUCAAACAAUUUUGUAGCUAUACUAGUAUCAACGAUAAGGGGGAAAAUAGUCGUCAAAGAAAAACAAGAAAAACUCGGUUUCAUCAUUUUAUUAAUAAUAAAAAAGCAUCUAUUCGACGAUUUACUUAAUCAUCUUAUUAAUUAACAAUCACACGAGGUUGCGUGAUAAGUUCGUUUGCCUUUAAGAAAAAUCUCAGAAAAUACGAGUAUAAAGUAUUUUUUAUUUUUCCUACGAAUUCCCAAGAAUUAGUCACGCUUCGCAAACGAAAUUAAUUCCCACAAGUAACUGUCAUUUUCCACAAAACGAGAUUCGCCUAUCACAGAAUGAUUCCACAGAUCUACAAAAAAUGGUCACGACGAACAAAAUUCUUUACCAUGACAUUUGUUUCUCACAAAGCCUACAUAAAGCCCACAAAAAUUGAAGAUCAAUAUGUCACGCAAUUAAUAAUAUUAGUCGAAAUUAAUUAAUAUUAAUCAAUUCGGAUUAGGAAUUACGAAAAUCAUAUUAGUAGAACUUUCAGACUUUUGUAACUUAUACAUUAUAAAAAGAUUUUAAUAAACGUGCGAUUAAAGUUAA